GAUCUUUUAGCGAAACCUAAUCGCUAAGGUCGGCCAGAAUAAGCCAGAAGUCAGAACUCGACAAAAUUCGAUACAUUGAUUCGAGCCGCGAGCGCGGUGAUAUGUUGUGUCUCACUGUUUCCUGGCAACAACUCUCUCGCAAAAUGGCAUGGGUUUUUAAAGUUAAGUGUACAUACGUGUACGUGUACGUUCUCUUAUCGAAUUAAGUCCAGCAGAAAGUAAGAUCUGGACACGGAUAUUCAACUUGAACGUGUACAAGUCGAGAAAAUUCGCGUUUUGCUAUCGUCCAUCAUGAAGCUGUCGAAGCGAUAGUGAGAUCCAUGGUACAGAGACGUACACGUCAUCCCGCCCAUCCCGGCUGUCCACAAUGCUGUCGAUGUCAAUGUCAAUGACAAUAUCAUACGAUUAAUGAAACUGUCUAAACUAAAUUGGACAGUUGGGCGGGAUGGCAGGUAGAGCUUUUCGCGUUAAAGUACAGCUAGAUGUACAUGCGGUAACGUGCCCCGGCGUUUGGCUGUGCCCCAAUGGCAAAGUGGCUCUGCAAAUCAACAUCCUCGAUUCCUGUGCAGAAUCCGACAGGAUAAGUCCGAUUUUCCCGCUCUUGUUCCACGACAAAUUUACCUUCAGUAAAAUCUUUACUCGACGAAUUUCCCUGACGGAGCUGCAAAGCGCCUUGGAGCAAGAAUUUUUAUACGUGGAAUUGAUACAGUGGGCAACGCCGGCUAGCCGAGGCAUUACUCUGGCAACGUUUGAGACAAAUUUGACAGAUUUGUUGUAUCCCGCGCCAUGCUUCAAAGGUUUACUAGCCGGUGUGGAUAUAGACCUAUUGAUGGAGCCGACUAAAUGCUUUCCCGGUAUCAUAGCGCCCAAAAUUGAGGUCUCCACCAAAACGAUUGUCGAGGAAAUCUUGGGCUUCUACGACACAAGUGUGAGCAAAUGUUAUGUCAUCAAUCCAAAAAUGAUUAACUCUAAGCAAACGGCAUGUGGACAGAGGAAAAGGCCGAUUAAAGGUAUUAUAAGGCAACGGAGAGUGUGUCAUACUAAGAGUAAACCGAGAUCUCAAAGCUGUCGACCGUACCGUCAGAGACCGAGCGAUUCUCACCAAUGUCCUUCGUAUGCCACGAGUCAUCAGACAGGAUCGCAAAUUGAUCAAUGUUAUCAUUCGAUAAGGAGAAAUUCCAUAUGCACUUGUCGACCAGAUUUCCCAAAGUUAACCGAACCCACCGCCAUACGUGACAAUACCCACGUUACAGACAAUUGUCCAGUUUGUUUCAAGUAUAAUUGUUAUUUCCCCAAAUGCCACGACGAUUCUGAUAUAAUCAAGAAAUAUGUUGACACUAAGCAAAGAUAUUGCAGAAAUAUGUCUGAGAUUAGAGAACGUGGUUGUAUUUGUAGAAACGACGUAUUCGACACGAAAGAAGAAGCGGCAAUGCCAUUAUUGCAAACUAAAAUUGAAAAUCUUCAGAAAACUAAAGAAAAAUGGUAUGCCACUGGAGUGAAGGACGAUGUUGUGGAGUGCGAUCGGGAUUACUCUCCGGGCCGCGGAUUUUAUAAGAAUCUAGAAAAAUUUUAUAAAAGAAUGUAUAAGCAGGCGAAAAUGCGUGCGCAGGAGGUCGAUGUUUGAUGUGAAAAAUAUUAUUGCCAUU